AAUGUAUUAUUAGUAUUCUAUGGUAUGCGAUUAUAAAGGGCAGUAUAAAAUAACGAAGUAAUAUUGAUUUACGAGAAACGUAAAUGUACAUAUGUGUAUUCGAUAAAUACAUUAUUGCAUAUAAUGAAAUAUAUACAUAUUAUUCAUCUUAUGAGGCGCCACCUAUUCAUUCACCAUCAUUUAUAUUUUAUAUAUUAAAAUAAAUGAGAACCACUGAAGAGAGGUAUAAUGAAGACAUAUUGACGCGAUAGUUUUUAAAAGUAAUAGUCAACUUGUAAAUAAAUUAUUAAAAAGUAUGGAAGUAUAUAAUAUUUUAGAAAAUGUUAUUAAUGAAAAAAAUUCAGACGAAAAUAAAAGCUCUAUAGAUGAACUGAAAAACAGAUUAAAAACCCAAAUACAUCAAUUGAAAUCUAUAAUUUUGCAAAUUGAAUGUAGUUUGGACAUAUUAAAAUUUGGGAACACUAAAUGUGUUCAUUCAAACAUUACCAAGUGCCUGAAAACCGAUGAAGUUCAAGAUAUCAAUUUACAAUUAGAGUCCCAAUUAUAUAGAUAUUCCGGUUUUCACUGUGUCAAAUUCUCAAAACAGGAACAUGUGUUUAAUUUUUCACCAUUGAAUAAAUAUGACAAAAAUAAUGUUUUUGCUGUACAAAUUUUGAAUGACCAAUAUAAAGGAAUUUUAGGAAAAUGGGUGAUGCCAAUGGGUAUUGAUUUACAUGAUGUGAUAUGUGAUUUUCCUAUCCAUGAGUUAAAAAAUGUACCUCAUUUUUUGAAAAUUUGUAAGCAGUAUAUAGAUUGCUAUUUCAUAAGACAAGAACAAUACACAACAUUGAUGCGUAAUAUUUCUCAUAUAAAAAACUGUAAGUUACAAACAAAUUUAGGAUAUACCCAAAUUAAUUUAGAACUGAUGGGAGUAUAUAAUGAAAAUAUUGAUUCAUAUAUAACUAUAAUAAUAUACCUCUUAUAUAAUAUUAAUGAAACUAGGCCAUACAAAAUUAAGAUAGAUUCAGUAACAGAGAAUGGACUACAUAAAAACUUCAAAAACCGUCUAGAAUCAUCUUUAGUGUGUUUUAAGCAAUUUGAUUUACAUGUAGCAUUUGAGAAUAUAUUGGAUAUGAAAACAUUUGCAUGGGAAAAAGAAGAUAACGAAGAUAGUCCACUGGAUAUAAAUUCUUUGAGCGAUUUGGAAACAGAAGGAUUUUUAGAUAGUUUUACAUUGCCACAAAGGAAAUCUUUAAUACUUCAGAGCAAGAAACAGGAGGUAAAAAAAGAACGAAAGAAAAAAGUGUCAAAAGAAAAAAAGUUCCUUAACAUUUCAAGUACAUAUAAAGCUGAUCGAAGUUCUGUCCCCUUACAAAGUAAGAAGCAGAGAUUGCAAAAUAUUAAACAGUCCGUGAGGCAGCAAGAUAUUAGUGUUAGUGUCAAACCAAUACCAAAUGUAAAUAAUUCAAAACAAAAGAAAUUAAAACAGACAAAACUGAAGGUCAAAUCAAAAAUACAGAACGACUCAAAAUUACAAAAUAAUGUUAAUACUAUAUUUUCUGAUGCAACCGUAUUGAAAGAUAAGCAAAUAAAUGAACAAUUAAAUAAACCAUUUACCAGUACUCCAAUAUGUCAAAAUGAACAGCAUUCUUCUAAUUUCAAUUUAUCGACUAAUAUUGAUAUUAGUGAUAUCACAAGUGAAAAUAAUUUGAAUGUUGUGGGAACAAGUAAACUUAAAAGAGAUCAAUUUCGGAAUCAUACACCUGUAAAAUUAUUGCAAAGAAAAAUGAGAAAAAAAGUGAAGUCUUUAAUUCAAUCAAAAUCACAGAGUUCAAAGCACAAUGUACUUCAUAAUAGAAUUAAAAAUAUUAAGAAAUCUCUGUAAUAUGAAUAUUCCAUAGUUUACCUAAUAGAAUGUACAAAAUAUUGUUUAUGCUACUUAUACAUAUAUAUAUAUAUUUAUUAUUGAAAAAUAAAUGUUAUUUGAAAUAUAA